AUGAAUACGCCAUCACUAAUGGGCUAUCCAGGCCUGCUGUCACAACAGCAACAGCAACAUAGUCAAAACCAACAGCAGCAACAGCAGCAACAUAGCCAAACUCAACAACAACAACAACAGCAACAACAACAACAGCAACAGCAACAGCAACAGCAACAGCAACAGCAACAGCAACAGCAACAGCAACAGCAACAGCAACAGCAACAGCAACAGCAACAGCAACAACAACAGCAACAGCAACAGCAACAAAACCUACUUAGGACACAAACCCCAGCUAAUAUGAACCAACAAUUACAAAUUAAUCCAGCAAUGAGUGGUAUUCCACCACCUGGUAUGAAUUUUAAUGAUAGUGGAGGACAAUUUAUGAAUCAUGUAGGGAAUAAUGGGAAUAAUAUCCCACCUGCAGCGUUGGCGGCGGCGGCGGCAGCAGCAGCAGCAGCUACCGCAACAAUGAAUAACUCAGGAUCAACUCCUGUUCCAAUUAAGACAGAAACCCAGCCAGGCCUUUUGAAUGGUUCAACAGCUGCAUCGAUUAGUCAAAAUGCUAAUAAUCCACUUUUCCAUCCUCAUUUGGAAGAUCCUCAAUUAUUAAACAAUCCCAUCUGGAAACUUCAAUUACAGCUACAUUCCAUUUCAAUGCAAUCUGUUGGUCAACCAAAUGUAUAUGCUAGACAAAAUGCUAUGAAAAAAUAUAUAGUUAAUCAACAUCAACGACAGAUUAAACUACAACAGCAACAACAACAACAACAGCAACAAUCACAAUCACAACAACCUUUACAACCCCAACAAUCAAUGGGCCAAGCACCACAACCUACUACUCAAAUGAAUGAUGCGGCUCAAUUACAUCAAACUUUAGCAAAUUCUCAACCACAGAUCUCAGAGGCCUCUCUAUCCUUAGUUGACCGUACUAAAAAGCUUUUAAUGGAAAUGGCAGCUGACACUUCCAAGGAUACUUCCAAUGGUAAACCAAACACUAAUGGUGCUGCAACUUCUACCACAAAUAGCAACAUAUCCACUCCUUCCACUCCAAAAUUGGAAUUGACUAAAUUAAGAGAUAAUGCACCUGGUACUCCGUCUGUUCUUUUACAACACAAAAAAUUAUCUCAAUACAAUAUCGACACUGAUGAUGAAGAUGAAACUAAAAUGGUCGAUAAUUCGAAUUCCAAACCUGAUGCUCAAUUGUGGCAUGCGAUUGAUUUUUCCAAUUUACAAAUAUUUAAUAUCAAUAAAAAUUUAUUUGAUUAUAAAUUUCUAACAAGAUUAUAUUUAAAUGGUAACAACUUAACUGUAUUGCCCAAAGAAAUUAAAAGUUUGAGUAACUUAAGGGUUUUGGAUUUGUCAUAUAAUAGAUUAACAGCUUUACCUGAUGAAUUAGGGUUUUGUUAUCAAUUGAAAUACUUAUACUUCUUUGAUAAUAUGGUUUCAACAUUACCGUGGCAAUUUGGUAAUUUAAGUAGCUUACAAUUCUUAGGUUGCGAAGGCAAUCCUUUGGAUAGACAAUUAUUGAAAAUCUUAACCGAAAAAUCAGUUACCGGACUAAUCUUUUAUUUAAGAGAUAAUAGACCAGAUAUUCCGUUAAUGAAAGAUCGAAAAUUUAUUGAAAUUAAUACUGAUGGUGAACCUCAAACUGAAUAUGAUUCCAUUGAAGACGCAACUUCUCAUCUAUCUCGCGAUUUAGAAAAAAGAAGUUUCACAGUUUUAUCUUAUAAUACCCUAUGUCAACAUUAUGCAACACCAAAAAUGUAUCGUUAUACGCCUUCUUGGGCAUUGAGUUGGGAAUAUAGACGCGAUAAAUUAAAGGAUCAAAUAUUAUCAUUCAAAAGUGACAUAUUAUGUUUACAAGAAGUAGAAUCAAGAACUUAUGAUGAUUUCUGGGAACCACUUUUACAAAAACAUGGCUAUAAAGGUAUAUUCCAUGCCAAAACUAGAGCAAAAACUAUGCAAACCAAAGAUUCUAAGAAAGUUGAUGGGUGCUGCAUAUUCUAUAAAGAAUCGGAAUUCAAAGUUUUAUUUAAAGAAGCUGUUGAUUUCAGUGGUAUUUGGAUGAAACAUAAAAAUUUCCAACGUACUGAAGAUUAUUUAAAUCGUGCUAUGAACAAAGAUAAUGUCGCUAUAUACAUGAAAUUACAACAUAUAAAGAGUGGAGAAGUUACCUGGAUCGUUACUACUCAUCUUCAUUGGGAUCCUCAAUUCAACGAUGUUAAAACUUUCCAAGUGGGUGUAUUAUUAGACCAUUUAGAAUCUCUUUUAAAAGAGCAUUCUAAUAUUCAUUCUAAACAAGAUGUUAAGAAAUGUCCCAUCAUAAUAUGUGGGGAUUUGAAUUCUUACCUAGAUUCAGCCGUAUAUGAACUUUUGAGUACAGGCCAUGUAGAAGCUCAUGAAGAUGUUGAAGGUAGAGAUUAUGGUUUCAUUUCCCAAAAACAUUAUGCACAUAAUCUCUCGUUAAGAUCAAGUUAUGGAUAUAUUGGUGAAUUACCAUUUACCAACUUCACACCAUCUUUUACAGAUGUAAUUGAUUAUAUAUGGUACUCUACACAAGCAUUACGUGUCCGAGGCUUAUUAGGGAAAAUCGAUCCAGAGUAUGUCUCACAGUUUAUAGGUUUCCCUAAUGAUAAAUUCCCAAGUGACCAUAUACCAUUAUUAGCGAGAUAUGAAUUUAUGAAAGGAAGUGGCGGUAGUAGAAAAUUAUAG